CGAUACGACGUUACCAUGAAAUUUUUAUCUAUAUCUUUUCAGACAGCUUCAUACAAUGCUCCAUUCUUCACAACCUGGUUUUGUACGAAUUGGGAAAUUCUUUACUUCCCAGUUUACUUCAUUUGCCAAUCUGCAAGAAUCAAAUGUAAUACUCCAUCUGAAAUAAUUGCAGAGAGUUUACGAGGUUUCCGCGACAAAGGAUUUACCGGUGGUCGUUUUUUGAUCAGAUGUAGUCUUUUUUGUGGUCUCUGGGUAGUUACAAACUAUAUGUAUAUUUAUUCGCUCAGGAUACUACUAGCUACCGAUGUAAUGGCACUUUUCGCAACCAACGUAUCUUGUGUAUAUUUGUUAUCAUGGGUAAUCCUUCAUGAGCAAUUUGUUGGAGUAAGGAUAGUAGCAGUGAUUUUAUGCAAUACUGGAAUUGCACUUUUAGCGUACAUGGAUGGCAUUACUGGAAGUCCAACGUUAGGUGGCGUUGUUCUGGCAACAUCGGCAGCAGCUGGUUCGGCAGUUUACAAGGUGCUGUUUAAGAAAGUCAUAGGAGAAACAACAUUUGGUCAAAUGUCUUUAUUCUUUUCUCUUAUUGGGUUGUGUAAUGCGGCGUUGUUAUGGCCAAUUUGUUUGGCUCUUUACUUUUCGGGAGCAGAAAGCAUACACUGGGGACGAUUGCCAUGGACGGCAUUACUUUCAGCAAGCAUUUUGCACUUAGUUGCAAACAUGCUUGGUAACUUCAGUAUUGCUCUGACCUACGACCUCUUCAUUACGCUAGGAUUGAUCACCGCUGUACCUGUAUCUGCUGCAUUGGAUGUUCUUUUAUACGGAGCCCAUUUCAUGGGGAUGAAAUUGGCAGGAAUGAUUUUUAUAGCAGUCGGCUUCUUUCUCGUGAUGUUUCCAGAUAAUUGGCCAGAUUAUAUAACCAGGCUGCUUCGAAAUAUAGUCCUCAUGAGUCACAGUUCGAGAUGGAGUAGAAGACACGGACACGGCGUAUCAGGAGGCACGCAACGCGACGUGAUCGAUUAUCGCACGGGUUACAUAAAAUCACACCUUCGUUCACCGUCGGGAAGAGUUCGGUGACUAGGUGUACUAUCGCUUCAAUUACAGGUAGAAUUGAUUUGCCAAAGAAAUAAUGUAUGGACUUUCACAACGUUAACAUUUUAAUCGGAAAGGUCCCAAAGAAUGAAUGCCGGUAAUAACAAAUACGGUAAGCAAUAUCGGAAGGGAUUCUUCGUUGCAAUAAAAGUUCGUUCCAAUUUUUUUUUUUAUUGCAUUUGUCUUUCAGAAUACUAAUAAAAGAAGUUAAAAGAA